CUGAGUGCAAAUAAGACAAAGGGAACCUGUCAUUUCCUCUACCACAAUGAUCCUGCACUUGAUCUAUGACAGCUUUGAUUUUAAAAGCUGGAUCAUUUUGUUUUUUGUAUUUCUGCUCCUUGCUGAUAUUAUCAAAAAUAGGAAUCCUUCCAAUUUCCCUCCAGGACCAUGGCCUCUGCCAUUCCUGGGAACUGUCUUCACUAAGAUGGAUUUUAGGACCAUGAAUAAGUUGGCUGAAGUCUACGGGAACAUAUUCAGCUUAAGAGUGGGCAGUGAGAAAAUGGUAGUCGUGUCGGGAUAUAAAAUGGUAAAGGAGGCCCUCGUUACUCAGAAUGACAGUUUUGUUGAGCGUCCAAAUGUCCCUCUGUUUCACAAAGUUUAUAAGGGAGCUGGUUUAGCAAUGAGUAAUGGAUACCGGUGGCGGACACAUAGGAAGUUUGGUGGCCUCCAUUUGCGGAUGUUUGGAGAGGAGAAGAAAAUCCUUGAGCUCAGCAUCCAGCAAGAGUCUGUCUACCUUUGUGAUGCCUUUAAGACAGAAAAGGGACCUUUCAACCCUAUGACCAUCUUAAAUGGUGCUGUCUCAAAUACUGUUGCCUGUUUGAUAUUUGGACAACGCUUUGACUAUCAUGAUGAAUAUUAUCAAAGAAUCCUGCGUCUUGACAAUGAAUGCAUUCAGUUAAUGGGCUCUCCUAGAGCACAGCUACAUGAUGCCUUCCCAGGUAUAAUGAAAUGGUUGCCAGGACCUCAUCAGACAAUAAUCUCAAACUAUCAGGAGUUAGCCUACUUCCUGAAAGAAAAGGUUGAGCAGCACAGACAAGACUGGGACAGCAACAAUCCCAGAGAUUAUAUUGAUGCCUACCUGACAGAAACAGAGAAGAGGAAGAAUGACACCGAGGCAGGGUUUAACAUUGACAGUCUGGUGUGGUGCACGGUAGACUUGUUUGAGGGCGGAACUGAAACAACGACCAACACACUCCGAUGGGCUCUGCUUUACAUGAUCAAGUACCCUGAUAUUCAAGAGAAGGUCAGAGCAGAGAUUGACCAGGUGAUUGGCUCCCGUCCACCUACUAUGUUCGAUAAGGCAAACAUGCAUUACAUCAAUGCUUUUAUUCAUGAGGUUCUCAGAAAACCAAACCUUGUGCCUCUAAAUAUGGCUAGAACUGCGAGAAAGAACACAACUCUGGGAGGCUAUUUUAUACCAAAGGGGACUGUGAUGAUCACUAAUCUGACAUCAGUGCUGUAUGACAAACAUGAAUGGGAAACACCAGACACUUUUAACCCUGGACACUUUCUAGAUUCUGAAGGCCAGUUCUGA